CGGUGGGAGGGAUCAGGGACCGGCUAGCGCAACGAUCGCUCGUCCGGGCUUCCGUCGAUCGAGUUUAAAGGCGGGAGAAGCCGGUUAAAAAUGUAGUCGAUGCUCAAUAAGGGAUAUAUAGGAUGCGUAUCGGCAAGGAGUCAGAGUGAAAAGGGCCUUGUGGUCAGGGCGUUAUCCGGACGACGUUUGCGUGCUCUGAUCCUUGGAUCUCGGCCCUCCCGCUCCAGCCCACGGUGACCUUCGUGAUGGGCGACCAUUACAUCAGGUUAGAGAACUAUGAGAUGCUCAAAGCCCUUUAUGACUUCAAAGCUACGUUUGCCAAAACGCUGAGCUUUCGAGAGAACGAACAUUUUGUGUUGUAUCAGAGCCAGACUAAAGAGAGAAAUUGGUGGCAAGUGGUGAAUAGCGAAGGUCAAGUUGGCUACAUUCCUUCUAAUUAUGUUACGACGAUUAAAGUACAUCCUCAGUUUCUCAUCGAUUUUCUUGAUAAUGCUACGGAAUGUUUGAGAGCUAACGGUGAUAAACCAAACGUGUCACCUAAUAUGGACAAGCAGGAUUUAUUAUUGCGCUUGAUAGAGAAGAAACAUCAGGCCGAGCUUGGUAGGAGACCUAAGAAGCAAGCGCCGUUACCACCUGACUUUGGAAGCACAACAUCCGUUAAAGACUCGCCUACUAGUUUUAAUAAUGUAGAAGCCGAGGCUUUACCAUCCAGUAGCUCACCAAGAAAGCGUUCAUUAAGCGAACAGCGAAAGCAAUCGCUCACCCGAGAAGCGCAAUCCAAUAAUCAAAUUCAGCACAAAGAUUCUCAAAGAACAUCCUCGGAGUCUAGUCAAAAGAAAGAAAUUGUCAAAAGUAAUUCGCAAAGCAGCGUCAGACAAUCGCCAAAUCAAUCUCCAGUGAAAAGCAGAUCUUCCAGUUUAACGGAUAUAAAUUCCAGAACAGCUUAUUUGCUUUUGGAUCAAGUACGUCACAGUACGCAGCUCAGCCAUGAAAUGUCAAAAGUAGCGGUGACCGUUGUACUUAGCGGACUACAAGAAAUUUUGCCAUCGAGUAUGAGCCAUUAUUUUGAUGCAAUAUUAUCACAGUUACAAGUGCCAUUAAAUUUAACAAAAUUAAACAUCGAAGAAACUUACGAUGCCAAUAGAUUAAAAAUUAUCUUUACCGAAUUAACUUCUUGUAAAGAAGAUUCGCAGCAAAGAAGUUGGAUGCUCCACGAAGAUGAGCCAACUAUCUGUGAAUAUAUUAAAGAGCUUACGUCAAUAUUGACUAAUGCCGAUGCCAAUGUAUCGAGGCAUGUAUUGGUACAAGAUCAGUACGAUGGUGUGUGCACGCUUAUUCAGUACUAUCAAAUGGAAACAAGAUGGACAAUUAGGCAGCUUUUAUUGCAAUCUUUUGGGGUAAUGUGUAGCUUGGAUCAUAUUGUGCUGAAAAUAAUGUUAGAAAGUAUCUUGCCCAUGGAACUAGCAAGGGAUAUGAAAAGUAAUCCAAGAAAUGUUGAGAAGCUCAAUUAUUCUUCGUUAUUGUUGACAAUGAUCUUCUCCAUGGGCGAACCAAUGCCAAUCACGCAUUUUGAGCAAGUGGGCACUGAAUUUAUAUCAUUUUUAUUGGAUCUUAUUGAAAAUCCACCGGAUACCGAUCUAGAUGAUCAAAUACCCGAUCAAUUUGUAAAUUUAAUACUUUCUUAUAAUUUGCAAUUUAACGCUUCGGAUAAUGUUAUAUUGGAUGCAUUAGGAGAACGAACAGUAGCUAAAAUUUUUACAGAAAAGGUUCUAUUUCUUCUGAAUCGAGAAAUCGAUCCAGUACGGAUAUUUGAUCAUGAGCCAGCGCCACCGGAUUCAGUUUUAAAAAUUUUCAUCGAUUUAUUUACUAGCGAUGACACAGCCUCCUUAUUCUAUACUAAUGAUAUCAAAGUCUUGAUCGAUAUUAUUUUAAGGCAACUUUUUGACAUAUCGCCUGGAGAAAAACGAAGACAGUAUUUAGAACUUUGUCGUAGAGUAUUAAAAAUGGCAAGUUAUAAUGAUCAUCGACAUCGAUGCGAUGAUAUUUUAAAAUGCUUUACAAGAAUAUUCUGCGAAGAAACACCGGAAAGUCAAGAUGAUCAAAAUCUUGUACGAGAGAUUAGCAAUGAAUUUCCACAUUUAUUUAAAAUGUGACCCCUACCCUUGCUUUCUCCCGAUGAGAAAAAUACCGAGGAAAAUAACGAAACACAAAGUCUAGAUUAAUUAGAUAAUCGAUUAGGUGAGAUCGAUAAUAAUUUAUAAGCAUAUGUUAUUGCACGAAAUUGUUGAAAUGAGCGCACAGGCAUUUACCUGCAAUCUGAUGCAAAGAAAGUCCUUGGGGUGUCUACGUGAUAAAUAUUACUCAAGUCCCUCCCUAAAUAUUUCGCUAAAUUAAAUAAACGAGUAAAGAAUGAGAGGUUAUAGGUUAUAUUACAAUCCAUUGGAAAUAAGAAGAAGCUAUAUUAUGUCGUUGGAUGUAACUGACUAUUUAAUGAAGUCUAAAUUUUAAUGAAGAUAAAUCACUGUAAAUAUGACUAUAUAAAGCAAAUAUUGAAACUUAUGUCAUUCCGAAGUAUAAGUCUAGAAAAAUUUACGAGUCUGUUAAAAUUAAUUCAUUAAUUCGUUACGAAAAUUAUAUUGACGCUUAAAAAAAU